AUGAUCCUGUUCUUUAAAGUUGUCAUGUCGUACAGCGCCAAAAUGCUGCUGACGAUGGCGCUCGUCUCCUUCGUCCACUGUAUUGUGGAAGAAGAACCUGCUCCCUCUACUGGUCGCGGAGGUGGUGGAGGAGAAGAGGAAGAAGGCAGUCCUGGCGGAGCCAGAGGCAGCAGCACCGGAAGUAGCAGCAUGUUCGGAUACGUCCCCUUCACCAAUGCAGACACUCUCGGUCACUACUACCCCAGCACCUACUGCGACAUCACUCCUCUCAAGGUCGACUCCAAAGAAUUCGACAAACGUUGUGGACCUGCAUCCGAUCCCAAAUGGCCUUGUUUCUCGCAUAACGGUGAGAGCACGAUGCAAAUGGUCACGGUUGAACCUUGGACGAGUCCGCUCAACAUGUCGGAUGAGAUCGUGCUCAAGGACGAUCAAGCCAUGGAGUUCACCCUGAGAAACGCAACCGAUGAGUUCACCAUCGAGUAUGCAACCGCACGCUAUCCCAAAUUCAGGUUCUACGGCUACGAACCCACCACGGGCUGCUACAAAAUCCACCUGAGCGGUACCGAACACGGUCGCAUCCACGUCACCCUGACGGAGGACGGCGAUGCAGAAAUCGAUACGAAGAACGUCAGGGAGACUGGAAAACGUCUUUGCAGCAAGUGGAUUUACAUCGGAACGAGGUGGCGUGAUACGAUCACUACGAUGGCGGAAGACGACGGACGGGGAAUCUAG